AUGGAAGUUUGCUGCUCGUUAAAGUCAAUUGUUGGAGGACUAUGUGGAGCGGAUACCAGAAAUAGAGAACAGGACGAAGUACUAGUAGUCCCCUUAGUUUCGUGCGUGAAAGACAUCACAACACACACGGCAUCGUACUCGUUUUCUGGACCGGAAAAUGAGGUGGACUUGAUCUUGUGUCGUGCAGCUAUUUUCACGAGGCCAGAUGAUAUCACUUCAAUGUCGAUAUGUCCUCUUCAUCGUGCAAAACUUGGGGUGGGAUGGACGAGGGGAGCGAGCACCAGGUGCAGAAUACCACCCGUUCUGUCUAACCAUGGAAAGACAAAAAAAAGUUGGCCAAAAGGAGAUCGAGGGCUCGGAAAGUUACAAUCGGAGCUACUGCUACGUGACACUGGUGUCUUUUUACAAGCUGGAUCAG